AGGGUGAUUGGCAGACGAACAAUGCGUGUGGGCUCCGGAGAGAGGCGGCGUCCCCCGAGCGGAAGUUGGAGUUGGCGCAUGCGCAGGCAGUAACGGUUCUUGUUCCUGAGGAAGAAGGCGGUGGGGGGUCAGCGAGCGGGUAAACCAUGUCUUCCUCCGUGAUCGCCAAGCCUGCCAUGAGAGGCCUGUUGGCCAAACGCCUGCGAUUUCAUUUGGCAAUAGCUGUUACUCUAUCUCUUGCGGCAGCUACUAGCUACAGGUUUUUAGUGGGUGAGUCCAGGAAGAAAGCAUAUGCUGACUUCUACAAGAAAUAUGAUGCCAUGAAGGAGUUUGAAGCCAUGAGGGAAGCUGGUAUAUUUGAAAGUGUGAAACCAAAGAAAGCCAAGUAAAUUUUUGCAAAGGAACCUUGGAAAUGGAUGGCAGGAUUAUUCUCCUUCAUACACUGAGAAAUGGCAAUGAAGAUACAAUUUCUGUAUUUUCCAUACUUGAAGAUGUAUAAAUAAACAUGUUAAUUUCCUGUUGACCAUUAAAA